AUGAAACUGGGGACAUUACAGGCCGCCUGCGGCGCGGCCGCGCUUUUCCUGUCUGCUCAGCCGGCUGCUGCAACUCACUCCCACCGCCAUGCCCACAGUCGCCUUGGGAAGAAGCACACACAUGGCCAUGGACAGAGCUUCGUGGAGCUGGUUGGCGCACCAAAGGCCGUCGAGAAGCGCACCACCUGCUCCCUCCCAGAUCACCCAGACUUGGUUAGGAUCGCCGGCGCCGACAACAACGGCUUUGCAAUGAGCCCAGAUCAAACUUGUGACUCGGGCAAAUACUGCCCCUUUGCUUGUGUGCCGGGGAAGGUGAUGGCGCAGUGGGAGCCUAAUUCGACAUAUGCCUACCCGCAAUCCAUGAACGGUGGUCUAUAUUGCGACGGGGGAGUCCCCAAGAAGCCGUUCCCCGAUUCUCCAUACUGUGUCGAUGGCACAGGUGCCAUCCAGGCUACGAACAAGUGCGGCAAAGUCGUCUCUUUCUGCCAGACAGUCCUUCCCGGGAACGAGGCCAUGCUUAUCCCGACGGAUGUCUCAACCACCGAGGUCAUUGCCGUGCCUGGACCGUCUUAUUGGGCGAGCACAGCGGCCCACUAUUACAUCAACCCUCCAGGAGUGUCGUCAUCUGAGGGAUGUGUCUGGGGUGAUCCGAGCAAACCUAUCGGCAACUGGAGUCCGUAUGUCGCCGGGGCCAACACUGAUGGGUCUGGGCAGACCUUCGUCAAGAUCGCGUGGAAUCCCAUCUGGACCGGUUCAGAUCUGUCUCGGACGAAGCCGAGCUUUGGGGUUAAGAUCGAGUGCAACGGUGGUGGCUGCAAUGGACUCCCCUGCUCGAUCGAUCCAUCCACGGAUGGCAUUGGUGGACUGACCAGCCCAGUCUCCACCCAGGGAGUAGGCGGCGCUCAAUUCUGUGUGGUCACGGUUCCAAGGGGUGAAAGCGCCAAUAUCGUGGUAUUCAACACGGACGGCUCGGGCGGCGAGCCGGACACCACCUCGUCGCCACCCUCCUCGUCAUCGCCUCCUCCACCUGCCACUUCGUCAUCAAGCGAGCCGAAGCCCUCGUAUGCCAAGGUUUCGUCGUCUUGGAGCAGUUCGUUCUCCUCGGGUGUUCCAGCGCUCCCGUCAAGCGCGAAUUUCCCGACCGUGUUGCCCGGUGUCUUCCACGAAAACAUGACACACAGCUCAGGCAGCCCGGUGAGAUCUUCGCCUACCGUUACGUGGCCCCCGUCGUCGAGUGUCACUGGUCCGGCAGCCCCUGCCAUCACAACGUCCAAGAAUGAUGGUGCCGCAGACCAGGGUGGUGUAGCCAUUGCCGGCUUGAUCGUUGCUCUCGUUGCAGCUGCGGCGCUGUACUAG